GGUGGGUUGCUUGGCUGGAGAGGUUGUUUGGCCGCUCCCUCGUCGCACGUCGCUCGCGCCUCGAUUUCCCUCGACCCCGGCCGUCCCCCCGUUUCCAGCAUGCAGGGCGCUGCCCAGGGCGCCACCGCUCAACGCGUGCCGAAGCGCCUCCUCGAUGAUGUGUGGCGCGUGCGCGCCACCGACGACGACUGCUGCGCAAUCUGCCUGGAGGCCCCGGCGCAGCCGCUGAUUUUGCUCUGCGGGCACAUGUUUUGCCUCGACUGCUUCCAGACCUACGCCACGCACGCGCGCGAGUACGACGACGAGUGCACGCGCUGCCCGACCUGUCGGAGCCCGCACGCGCCCCCGCCUGUCGGCCAGGUCGAGGCGGAGCAGGUCGAGCGCGGCGAUGCGCUCUUGGCGCGCGCCAUGCGCAUGGAUCGGAGCCGCCCCAACUUCUUGCCGCUCCUCGAGGGGGCGACCCGCUUCUACGUCGCGGCGCUGGACUUGCACCCGUACUGCUCGAGGGCGCACGCCAUGAUCGGGUGGUGCCGGAAGGUCGCAGGAGAGGACUCGCUUGACGCGUUCGAGGACUCGGCGCGCGCUUGCCAUGGCGCUCUGCCCGCGUUUGCCAUCGUGACCCUGUGGAACCAGACGAUCCUCGACUGGCUCGGAGAGAGCGAGAGCGCCCAGCGCAUCGAGCUUGUGCGAGCCGGCGCGCGGGCUUGCAGCUGGCCGCAGGCUGUCCAGCGGGAGGCGGCGGGGACGGAGCUCCCUGUCGCGGAGAACGCCUACCGCAAGGCCUGCAGCGCCUUUGAAGACCUCACCUUGCCUCGGGUGCGCGAGCUGCUCGAGAACUUGCUGGCGGUCUCUACGCGCGGCGGCUGCGGCAGCAGCAGCGGCGGCGGCGGCGGCAGCAGCGGCGGCGGCGGCGGCGGCAGCGGCGGCGGCGGCAGCAGCAGCAGCGGCGGCGGCGGCAGCAGCACUACCACCCUCUCGAGGCAGCACUACCACCGCAUGGUCGAGCUGUUUAGCCUCGUCCCGAUCUAUCUGCCGCUGAUCGCAAACAUCGUGCGCAAGCACAUCACCGACGCUGGCCUCGCGCUGGUCAAGAAGCAGUCAGCCAACGCCGAGGGCGACCUGAUGGCGUACGUGCAGGAGCUGCUCGACCUCGACGGCGUGUACAGCGAGAUCAUCGGCUCGACGCCAGGCGAGGGCUACUUUAACGGCGACGCGACGUUUCUCAAGGCGGCGAGGGAGGCUUUCGAGGUCUUCGUCAACAAGGACAUCGGCAUGAGCGCCACCGCCGAGCUGCUCUCCACCUUCUGCGACAACCUGCUCAAAAAGUGGCGCAGCUCCCCCCGCGCUGCCGAGGAGGCGGCUGCCGAUCGGCACCUCUCUUCGGACCCCGAGCUGCGGCGGCUGUACCAGUCGGUGGUGGGUGGCGGGGCGCUCUCCACCGCCGACUUUUGGGCGCAGCGACGCGGGCUGCUGCGGGCGGCGAUGCAGCGCGAGGGCCUCUCGACCCGGCGGCAGCAGCCCACCGACGCGGAGAGCUCGGCCGCCACGGCCGCCGCCGCGGGGUGCGAGCAGCCGGAGGCGAACGCCGCGACGGUGGCCUUCACGCUCACGCCGGGGAUGAUCGCGCGCAUCUUUGAAAAGUACCCGAGGGUGCAGCGCUCUUUCCUCGACAAUCUCUCGGACGAGGCGCUCGAGGACAAGCUCGAGAAGGUGGUGCGGCUCUUUGGCUACCUGUCCGACAAGGACAUCUUCGUCGAGUUCUACAGGAAGCAGCUCGCGAAGCGGCUGCUCCUGGCGCGCUCAGUGGGCGCCAGCGCAGAGCGCUCGAUGAUCGCCAAGCUCAAGCUGCGGUGCGGCGCGCAGUUCACCUCGAAGCUGGAGGGCAUGGUGACCGACAUGAACCUGUCGCAGGACAUCCAGUCCGCCUUCGCCGAGCACGUCAAGGACAAGGAGCUCGAGCUCGACACCGACCUGACGGUGCAGGUGCUCACCACCGGCUUCUGGCCACAGUACAAGUCGGACGAGCUCAAGCUGCCAAAGGAGAUGCUGCAGUGCGUCGAGACCUUCAAGGCCUUUUACGACUCGCACACCUCGCACCGCCGGCUGCGGUGGGUGCACUCGCUGGGCUCGGCGACCGUGGUGGGCAAGUUCACGGCCUCGGGGAAGAGCAAGGAGCACGACCUGCUCGUCUCCACCUACCAGGCCUGCAUCCUGCUGCUCUUCAACGAGGCGGACUCGAUGACCUUCUCCGACAUCCAGGGCCACCUCAACCUGCCCGCCGAGGAGCUCAAGCGCUACGUGCUCUCGCUCUGCGGCGGCAAGUACAAGAUCCUGACCAAGGAUCCGGCCGGCAGGGAGGUCGCGCCGACCGACACGCUGAGCUGCAACGCCACCUUCUCCGACCGCCACCAGCGGAUCAAGGUGCCGAUGAUCGCCCCCAAGAUGACGCAGGAGGAGAAGGACGCGGCGCUGAAGCAGGCGGAGCUGGAGCGCAAGCAUGUCGUCGAGUGGGCGAUCAUCAAGGUGAUGAUGCGCGAGAAGCGGGUGGAGCACGAGGGUCUGGCUGAGCAGGCGCAGGACUGGAUCAGAACGAGGCCAAGCACGGGCUUUCACAUGGCGAGGGAUUACUUCGACGCGAUGGUCGUGGACCUCAUCCGCCGGGAGUACCUGGAGCCCGAGGCUCCCGAGCGUCCUCCCGGGAGUGGCAGCUUCUACAAGUACCUAGCUUGAUGGCUCCAGCGGUGGCCUGACUGACUGAGCCUUACGAUCCGUCCGGACAGCAUUCGCCGCUGACGUACGUCACGUCGAGACGGUGGAGGUCGAGGGCCUCGCGUACGAAGUUGUGGACGGAUCCGAUCUGUGACGUACGAUCCCGUAUAUACGUGCAUGACGGAAAUCGCUUGGCACGUAGAUUUCCGUUUUUUGUAUCAUACUGCAUACUGGGCUGGGUUUUU